UGUAUUUACUCUUUAUUGUAGAUUUGUAGGGGAAAUUUUAUAUUAUUCAUAAAUCCAUCAAAAAUGAGACCACAAGUUCCUACUAUAAACGAAAAAAAAUUACUUGAUAAACAAAAUUCUAAUAAAUAUAUAACCUUGAUAAAUAGAAAGAUAGAUCAAAGAUAUGCGGAAGAAACUACAGAUAAUUUAAGUUGUACUCAGUACGAUAAAACCAAUGAAAAUAAAUUAUUUAUGGCAAGACAGAAAAGAGAAAGAGCUAGAAAAAAUCAUUUGCAGUUAUUGCAAAAGCAAAAGGAGUUAGAAGAACGCAAAAAAAGAUUAGACAAUUUGAAAGAGACUACUAAAAAAUUGGCACAGGCUUCUUUGAAAAAAAAGCAUUUAAGUCCAAAGUUUAAAUCAACACAACCAGAAAAGAAUAUUAAUGAGUUUUCUCCAAAAGAAAAUAUCAAAGACAAUUCACAGCGCAAAAUUAUAAAGCCAGAAACUCUUUUCUCUAAGUUUGAACACUUCAAAAACAUAAAAGAAUUAAUUAAUGAAAAAUCCUUUUCUUCAUCAAAUAUAAAUUUUAAAAAAUGUGACUUGAUCAAUGAAAAACAAAACAGUGAAAGACGUAUUCAUGCUGCUAAGAUUAUUCAACAGUUUUAUCGAAAAUACAAAAUGAUAAAACAAAAAAAUUAUGAUAAAACUGCUUGCAACUGUAUUCCUAAUAUUAACGUUGAUUUAUUAGAUACAAAUACUGCAAUUUUAAACUCAAAUUCUUCAUGUUGUUCUAUGAAAGACUUGAAUAACAAUAAUAAUUCUUCAACUAUUAUUGAAAAGCCAAUAAUUACAAAUAAUAGUCUCAAUAGUUUACAUUAUACAAAAUAUAAUCAUACAAUAGAACACACUAAUAAUUCAAAAUAUUUGUCCAAUAAACUGAAAUCGUCUCCUAUGAAAUUUAUAUCUAUAUUAAAAUGUAAACAGCGUUUAUCAAAAAUUAAUCGCAAGACAGAUUUUUGUGAUUUAGGUAAAAAUAAUUAUUUAGUACCUACGUCAAACAAGCCUUUUAGUGAUGAUAAUGAUUUUAAGCCGAGAGAAAAUACUACUCGGAUACAAUUUUCUAAUACAAAUCCUACUUAUAUUUCAAAAGAUUCUCAAUACUUAGAACAAUAUAAUAAAAAUCAAAUAUUAAAUUUUGAUUCUUCUUCUAAUAAAGAAGAUGUUUCCAGUAAAUAUAAUUAUGUAUUUAAUAGUUCAAAAAUAGUAUGUGACAUUAAAUCAACUGAAACUAAUCAAAAUACCAGUAAGUUUACACUUAAUGACCAAUUUACAACUAUAAAACCUUCAAUCAUCAAAUCAAAAUUCCAUGGAGAUUUAGAUAAUAUUAACUGUGAAAUUUUCAUUAAAAAACAAUAUUCAAAUGACUACCAAUAUGAUCAAAACUUAUUAAUUAAUGAAAAAAACAAUCCUAUGGAAGAUAUUCUAUCUUCGGAGCCUCUCAUUAAAUUCUAUAACGAAUUAAAAGCAGAACUUGAAGUAUUUAAUAAUUUAAACAACUAUUUGGCCAAUAUUGAAAAUUUGACAGACAGAAAUUUAUCCAAAUUAGAGGUAUGUUAUUGCAUGUAAAAAUUUGUAUAUUUUUUUACAAAAUAGCUUUGACACCUGGAUCAUUAGCUUUUUGUUUUAAUUUGUAGUUAAUACUCUCAAAUUCGUAGAAUAUUAGUAUAAGCAUAACGUUAAGUCUAUUACGACAUCUUAAAUACACAUAUAAAUAUAUAUAGGGUGACUGAGUUAAUGUUAAUUUCUGUUAAAAUAAUAUCAAGGAUUUGAAAAUACAUGUAGUAUGAGAAAAAUUUAAAUCUAAUUGGAUGAGAAUACGUAGUAUAAAACAUACUAAAUUUUCAACGGAAAAAAAAGAAAAUUGGGUUCCU